UGAUUGCUUUAAUCGGUUUCGCAACGUGUCAAAGAAAACAAAAAUCAUUUUGUUCAGAAUUACACCACAAACUCCACCCAACUACAAAAAUGAAGAAUGCAUUCGCAGAGAAGAUUGGGGUUUUAAAUGUUAUGCAAAAGAUUUGUCAAAGGACAACAUAUUUACAUAUAUCGAUGAUUUGCUGGAACACUACGCUUUUGAAGUACUGAAUCGAGCGGCAGAUACUCUACACGCGUCGGGAGAACUGAAUGACGAACAACUUGCAAAGAUUCAAAAUCUUUACAAAAAGACGAAGAUACCAAUGCCUGAUUGGUUAACUACAAUUAAACCCAGAGACAAGAACAAGUGGAAGGAGAUUUCCAGUGCCGUGUCGUCUUUCCCACUUGUGUUUGGAUGCGACACUUCAAAAGAAAAAAUAGGUAUCCUCAUACUGAAGGAAAACGCAUCGAAAAAGCAAGAUGUGAUCCAGCAUUUAGAGACACUCGGAUUAUCGAAAAAUGAGUUUGAAAUCCAGAUAAUAGAGAUUCAACUAUUGGCUGGUGGAAAAUUUGAAAGUGGUGACAAAAUACAGGUCCGUGGUUCGAACAAAUUUGGAACUCUUGGGGGAUUUGCAAUUUUUCAAAGAAAUAAAACGGAUGAGCGAGAAAUGGUUGCCAUAACCGCAAAGCAUGUUGUUGACGAGUCAAACCAAGACCCAAAAGAAGUACACAUAGGCAAUGCCAACCUCGGUGAAGUGAUAGAAUCGAAAGGUACAUCACGCGGCCCUUCGUACUAUAUUGCCAUAACAAAGGUAACAGCACCAAAAACAAAAUGUCACACAAAAUUUCGAUUUGAGAACGGGAAGGAUGGUUUUGCCGAUAUACCCGAACUUGAACUGGAAAACGCGGAAUGUUUUCCAUACGAAAGAGUCCAUUUUUGGGGUGCUGAGACAUCUCCUGGCGUCGCUGAGAUAUCAAACUGGAAAAUAUCCAAUUCGGAUGCGGGUACGUAUAUUUGCAUCGAAACGCACACUACAAAGGAAGCAUUUGCAAAGGAAGGCGAUAGCGGGUCGAUGCCGAAUGUAUGCUCUUGGCACUCUCGUUGGUGA